GGCGGGAAGAGGUGCGCCGGGGCGGCGGGUGGGUGGGUGGAGGCGGCAGGCGCGGCGUUCGACCCUGUUUCCCCCCAUGGAGUUCAAGCUGGAGGCGCACCGCAUCGUCAGCAUCUCGCUGGGCAAGAUCUACAGCGCGCGGGGUCAGCGCGGCGGCCUCAAGCUCCACAAGAACCUUUUGGUAUCGUUAGUGCUGCGCAGCGCCCGGCAGGUUUACCUCAGCGAACCGGGCUGCCCUCCCGAGCCGCCCCCCGCCUCCUGCGGGCCUAGCGAAGAGGAUCCGCCGCCCUGCGGCAACGCCUGGGCGGCCGGCGAGCCGCCGCCGCCGCCCCCGCAGGACGAGGCGGCUAGGGGCGGCCCACAGAUGCCCGGCGCGGACUGCGAGGGUUCCCGGUCGCGGCGCUGUUGCUGCGGAUGUUGCUGCUGCUGCGCGGCGGCGGGCGGCGAGGCGGCCUGUGCCACCGCAGGAACCGCGACCCCCCCGCCGCCCCACUGCCCCCGCAAGCGGAGCGCCGGCGAGCGGGGCCACGCCGGCUCCCCGGUGAAGAAGCCCCGCCGCGAGGUGGAGGAGGAGCCGCCGCCACCACCGGGUGAGCAGGAGGACAUGGAGACAGGCAACGUGGCCAGCCUCAUCAGCAUCUUCGGCUCCAGCUUCUCGGGACUGCUCAGCAAAGAGCCCAAGGGCCGGCGGCGGGCGCCCCUUGAGGGCGGCGAGGCUGAGGCGACGCCCGCCGAGGCGGCGGCAGAGCCGGGACAGAUCUGCUGCGACGAGCCGGUGCUGCGGACCCUUAACCCCUGGAGCACGGCCAUCGUGGCCUUCUGAGGCACCGGCCGCAGAGACUUUCCCUCCGCCGCCGGGAGGGGGAGGGGGGGCCCGGCGCAUGGACGGGCAGCCGGACCGAGAGGUGACACCCCCACUUCCUCCCGCCCUUCCUCCUCCGCCUCCCGCAGCACCGGCCCGGCGGAGGAGGGCCCCCGCCGCAACGGACUGGGCGGGCAGCGCCGCGUGGCUCCGGCGCCGGUGAGUCCCGGCGCCCUGCCCCGCCGCACGGGAAGGACGGCGGGGCGGCAGCACUUCCCCCGGGUCCCCGCCGCCGGCACCCGCCCUGCCCCGGGCGCGCCCCGGCCCGCCCGGAAUUCCCCUUCUCGGCCGGGUCGGCCCCCGGGGGAGGCUCCCCGGCUGCCGCCGACACGGGAGGUACUCCCAGAGGGUAAUAUUUUAAGGUUGGAAAGUAUUAAGUUUAUUAAAUAAAGUCUCUAUUUUGGAAAGGUUUAGGUCAGAACUAUUACAUGGUGCUUUUUAAAAGUGUUUAUUGAGAGAAAUGAAGUUUACAGACGGUCUGAUGGCAAGUCCGUGAGCCUGUUCCUUAGGCUUGGUAACUCCCGGUCUUUGUUGUAUAAAGGCUGGGCGCUCCCGUAGGGAUUUUUGUACAGCGUUCUUCAGUGAUGUUACCUUGUUUUGUAUAAAAUGUAAUUCUACGUGUACAACACGUAUUAAAUAUUUUCAACUGCA